GAGUUCGAAACCUUGUGUACGUAGCAGCCUUCGUUGGGAGACCCACCCACCAUUCUGGUGCGACACAGCUGGUCGAGUCCGGAGUAGUAGGGGCAAAGCCCCGGAUACCGGUCGGGAAACCAAAAAAAAUCUACUAUAGCAAUGAAGUUUCUAUAUUACAAACCAUGCAUGUUAAAUAAAACACCAUGAAUCAUUGAUGGCAGUCGAUGAACAGGUAUGGGGCCAUAAAUCAUGCCCUGCCAAGGGCAACACAUGCAUUGUUACCAUAUUCACAUGGAUGACAACAUCAGACCCAUAUUUCCUGUCAAAUAAUUUCCUUUAAAACAGGAUACCCACACAUACCUACAAAGAUAUCCAGAUUCCAGACAAGAAUGUUGGUGAUCUGGAUGAACUGUACUCACUCAAUUCUUCAGACUCUUGGCAAACCACAACACCAGCCAGUCUUGGGA